AUGCCGUCGGCGUCGAUCGACGAGGGCGUCGGCGUCGACGCGAAUGACGACGGCAGGAUGGAGGAGGGGGCGGUCGAGCUCGGGGGGCCGGGGGACGCCCCGAAUGGCGACGAGGGCGCGUCGGUUCCCCAUCCCCACGCCGGGCAGAAGCCCGGCUCGGCGGUGUUCAACCUCUCCAGCGCCAUCAUCGGCGCGGGCAUCAUGGCCAUCCCGAACGCCUUCCGCGUCCUCGGCGUCCUCGGCGGCGUCCUCGCCCUCGUCGCCAUGCACGUCGUCACCGGCACCACCGUGCGAUUCCUGGUGCGCGCCACCGAGGCGUCGGGCGCGGGCACGUACGCAGCGUGCGCCGCGCGGUUCUGCGGCGACGCCGCCCGUACCGCCGUGCAGCUCGCCAUCGUUCUCAACAACUUCGGCAUCAUGGUCGUCUACCAGAUCAUCUUCGGCGACGUGCUCGCGGGAACCCCCGCGGAUCUACGGACCCUCCCCGACGUCGAUCCCGGCCCGGGAUCCGACGCGGAGGAUUACGCAGACUACGACGACGGGCGCGACAACGCCACGCGCGUCUACCCGCCGCCGCUGCCCCCCGCGGCGCCGCCCUCCGACGAGGACGACGAGGACGCCGCGCCCGCGGCGCUGCUGCCGUGGGCGUUCGCGCGCGCGGGGGGAUCGUGUCGCGUCCCCGUCGCCGCCGUCGCGCCAAACGGCAGACUGACGUUAAGGUCCGGGCCUUCUUCGUACCAUUCGUUCCUCGCCUCCACAGGGGUCCCGGUCGCGGCGUACGACGCACGCGGCGAACGUGCGUACCUUCGCGCCGCCCUGGCUGUCCCUGACGACGGUGCGAUUGGAUGGGGCGAGUCGUCCGACACGUUCAUCGGACGGGCGCUGGACGGGUGGGCGGCGCAAAAAAACGGAGGAAACGUAGAGCCUAACCACCACUCGCAAACGCAGGUGGCGUACGAGACGGCGUGGUACUGCACCCGACCCGCGUCGAUAGCGUACGUGCUGGUGCUGGUGUGCGCGCCGCUGUGCCUGAUGCGGAGCCUGAAGGCGCUCGCGGGGGCGUCGUUCGUGUCCGUCGCGUGCGCCGCCAACUUUGCCGCGGUUUUGCUCUUCAAGUUUGUGAUGCACGUCGUCGAGGAGUUUGGCAAUGACACAGCUGGCGACACAGCUGGCGCCGGCGUGUUUGGGAAGCUGGCGGCGCUGACGCCCCGACUACUGCCCGACCCAACGCGCACGAGCGUGCGCGAGGCCAUCUCCGUCAUCGCGGUGAUGACCACGGCGUACGUGUGCCAUUUCGUGGUUCACCCGCUGUACGCGGAGAUGGACCAUCCGAGGUCGCCGGAGCGGUUCGAGGCGUUGGUGGCGCGACGGUCGCUUCGCCUGUGCACGUCCAUCUACGUCGGCGUCGGUGUGGUCGCCUUCGCGCUCUUCGGGGACGGGACCCACGCCGACGUGCUCGUGGACUUUCGGCGUAACACCGCGCUGGACCAGGCUGUCGUCAAGGGCGGCUACGUGAUGUCGUUGGCGCUCACGUAUCCGGUUUUGUUCUGCGUGAUGCGCGAGGUGCUGGUCGAGAUCUUCAUGGACCGCGGAGACGCCGCGAAGAGGCGGUCGGGCGCGACGACGGACGCCGACGACCGUUACGACGACCGUUACGGUGACGAGGCGACGUCGGAUGAGCUCCGCGAGCACCUGCUCACAGACGCCGGCGAGGAGGAACGGGCCGAUCCCGGGGACGAAGUCGCGCACACGCUGGCCAUGCGCGACUCGCGAGUCUCGCUUCGCGACCCCGAGGAGUGCGCCUGGCGGCUGAGCCGACCCGCGCACGUCGCCCUCACGCUCUCGAUCAUCGCCGCGCAGUUCCUGCUGGCCAUCGUCAUCCCCAACAUCGAGGUUGCGCUGGGGUUCAUGGGGUCCACCCUCUCGGUGUUUGUCGCGUUCGCCGCGCCGGCGAUGAUCGCGAUUGGCGUCGCGAAAGAGGCGGGCGCGGAUGGAUCGCUCGCGUGGGCGGUGCUGGCGUUCGGAGUGUUGGUCGGGGCGUCGGGGCUGACGGUGGCGACGUGGAACGUGGUGUCGCCGCCGGAGUGAGCGGCGGCGGGUGUCCUUCUUUUUAUAAAAUGUUGUACAACC